AUGUGCAACGUCAUCACGAUCCCGUCCUUCGCCUGGCUGCGCCGCGCCGUCCGCCGGUGGCGGAACCGCCGGUCCACCUCCGCCCCGGUGCCGGCGGGGCACGUCGCGGUCUGCGCGGAGGGCGCGCGGUUCAUGGUGCGGCUGGGGCACCUGAGCCACCCGGCGUUCCUGGAGCUGCUCCGGCAGGCGGAGGAGGAGUACGGCUUCCCGUCCGGCGCCUCCGGCCCAGUCGCGCUCCCCUGCGACGAGGGCCGUCUCCGCGACGUCCUCCGCCGCGUCUCUUCCUCGUCGGGCUCCGAGGAGCCACGCCGCUCCUCCUCCUGCUGCCGCCGCGGCGACUCGCGGCCGCUGCUGCAGGGGGUUGCCGUCGAGAAGCUCUUCCCGUGA